GGAGCUGAUAUAAGUGCGCCCUGGGUGUUGGAAGUAGAUCCGGCUGGGCAGGUUUGCAAGUCGAGGAGAGGAAAAAGUUAGAGAGGGGGGACAGCAGAGGCGCACGGUGCUAGAGCCAGGACCACUGGAAGCCUCUUGCGAGCGAGCCAACGCGCCGAGAAAGAAGUGUUUUUUUUUUUUCCUAUUAUUUCUAAGAAAAGCAAGUGUGCAGGGGGGGGGAGGGAAAGCAGGGCUAUGACACGCGAGUAGAGAGCCGUUAAGUGUGUGAGUGUUAACGCAGACGGACCCUUGUUUUAUUCCCCCCAAGAUGAACAGAGACUUGAAGAGCCUGCGCCACCUCGCCGUGCCUCUGCUCUUCCUCGCGCUGAGCGUCGCGGUGCAGCGAGCCGACUCCGCGGCUUGCCAUGGAUGUGUGGGGUCUAAAUGUGACUGCAGCGGAGCGAAAGGAGAUAAGGGCGAGCGGGGCUUUCCAGGUCUCACGGGACAGCCAGGAGUCCCCGGGUUCCCCGGACCGGAGGGGCCGAUCGGAGCCAGAGGAGAGAAGGGCAGUGAUGGAGCUCAAGGACCAACUGGUCCAAAAGGAAUAAGAGGGCCGUCUGGACUGCCAGGAUUUCCAGGAACGCCUGGACUUCCAGGUCUGCCCGGGCAGGACGGACCCCCAGGCCCCAGAGGAUUGGCGGGAUGCAACGGUACAAAGGGUGAAAGGGGUUUCCCAGGAAGUUCAGGAAUCCCCGGACAGCAAGGACGGCCGGGUCCACCUGGUCUGCCGGGACAAAAGGGCGACCCGGGUGAUGUGAUCUCCACCAAUCGUUUUGGAGAGACAGGAGCAGUCGGAUUGCCCGGAUUACCUGGAGCUACUGGAGCUCCCGGUCCCACCGGUUUGCAAGGUCCAGUCGGCCCUCCGGGACCCAGAGGCUAUGAGGGUCGUCCAGGUCCCCCAGGACCUCCCGGACCAAAAGGGAACAUGGGAUUGAACUUCCAAGGACCCAAAGGAGAGAGGGGUGACACUGGUAUGCCAGGACCUCCUGGUCCUCCUGGGCAGGUCGGAGAACAGAAGAAGCCACCUGAGACGGAGAUUCAGAGAGGAGACAAGGGUGAUCCAGGUCUUCCAGGUUCCCCAGGUGACCGAGGCUUUCCAGGACCUCCUGGUCCCGAGGGUGGCCAGAAAGGAGACAAGGGAGAACCAGGAGAACCAGGCAAACGAGGCAAACCAGGCAAAGAUGGCGAUCCCGGGACUCCAGGCUACCCCGGGCCCAAGGGAGACUCAGGCUUGCCAGGUCCUCCAGGCAGGGAUGGAGAGAGAGGAUUUAAAGGGGAUCAAGGAUACCCAGGCCCACCAGGAGUGGUGAUCGGCGGGCCGACGGUGGGUCGGGUCGGCCCUAAGGGCGAGCCAGGGUUCCCCGGCACCCCGGGGAGCAAAGGAGACAGAGGACUACCAGGUUUGUCAGGACCUCCAGGACCUCCGGGACUUUCAGCUAUCGGUGGUACCGGUCCACCCGGCCCCCCAGGCUUCCCCGGAGAGAGAGGUCAGAAGGGGGACCUUGGCCCACCAGGCCUGUCUUUGCCAGGUUCCCCAGGGCGUCCAGGGUCUCCUGGUGGCCAGGGUCAACCGGGGCCCCCCGGGGCUCCUGGCUUUUCCACACCAGGGCAAAUCUGCAUUCCAGGCGAGCCCGGGCGUCCCGGGGUGCAGGGAGAGACGGGUUAUCCAGGGGAGACGGGCCAGAAAGGUGAGAAAGGCGACACCUGUGUGAACUGCUUUGGCAGCACCAGCGGCAUCCCAGGACCCCCAGGACCUCCCGGACAGCCCGGAUUCCCUGGAACCCCUGGCUCCCCGGGUAUCAAAGGAGACAGAGGAUUUUCAGGAACACCUGGUGCCGUUGGACCGCCUGGUCGCCCUGGUCCUCAAGGUUCUCCAGGGUUCCCCGGAGGAAAGGGAGACCCAGGCGAUGUCAUUACAGUCAACGGCUUGCGGGGAGAGAAAGGGGACACUGGAUUCCCGGGAUCCCCAGGGCUCCCCGGUCUGGACGGUCGGCCCGGUCGCGAUGGACAGCAAGGAUCUCCGGGACCCAAAGGAGCUCCUGGCUCUCUGCUGGUGAAAGGAGAACGAGGCAGCCCUGGUGAGCCAGGUCUUUCAGGUAUUCCAGGAGACAGGGGUCCUCCAGGGAGCCCUGGCUACGGACCUCCAGGACCUAACGGAGAGAAAGGUAGCCAGGGCGUCUCGGGAAGACCUGGAGGUCCGGGUGCACCCGGUGCUAAAGGAGAACCGGGCCUGACGGUGGCUGACAAAGGCUUACCAGGACCCAGAGGACCGGAGGGCGAGCCCGGACUGCCUGGCUCACCAGGUAGCCCGGGUCAGCCCGGACAGACUGGUUUCCCUGGGUCACCAGGAUCGAAGGGUGACCCUGGACUCCCAGGCAUCGGACUCCCAGGACCCCCCGGAGCUAAAGGAUUCCCAGGUAUCCCUGGCCAGCCAGGAGCUCCAGCAGCACCGGGCAGACCAGGAGUAGACGGACUCCCUGGCCAGCCUGGAUUUCCUGGACCCAAGGGCGAGCCUGGCUUUGGCCUCCCUGGCCCCCCAGGUUUACCAGGAGUACCUGGAGCUAAAGGUUUCACCGGACCAAAGGGAGAUCCCGGUUUCCCCGGCGGCCCCGGCUCACCUGGUCGAUCUGGAUUUGAUGGCUCUCCAGGACUGAAAGGUGACGCCGGUACACCCGGUACACCCGGAGCUCGUGGUCCCCCCGGAUCCCCCACCAUUGGCUCACUGGGGGCUCAAGGCCCCCCUGGACCCCCUGGACCAAUGGGACCCCCAGGCGAGAAAGGAUUCCCUGGAUCAAACGGAGAGAAGGGAGACCCUGGCCCCCCAGGUCUAGAUAUUCCAGGUCUGCCAGGAGACAGAGGAACUCCCGGUUUCCCAGGUUCCCCGGGACCAGUUGGAACUCCAGGACCCCCUGGAGGACCUGGACGGGACGGCCUGCCUGGACUGCCAGGUCUUAAAGGAGACAUGGGCCCCAUGGGAUCUCCAGGACCUUCUGGAGAAUCAGGAAGACCAGGAGGACCCGGCGGUCCAGGACCUAAAGGUGAACCUGGAUUCCCAGGCCGAGACGGUGGACCCGGCGGCCCCGGUGCUAAAGGAGAUAAAGGAGAUGCCGGCAUCCAGGGACCCCCAGGAACCAUUGACCCCUCACAGAUUCUGAAGGGACAGAAAGGAGAACCUGGACUGUCAGGUGGACCAGGAUUUUCAGGUCAGAAAGGCAUCGCCGGUCUCCCUGGUGAUUCCGGGCUACCAGGAUCAGAUGGACGACCCGGACUCCCCGGACCACCAGGUCCCAAAGGAGAUCCCGGCAUCCCAGGAGGCCCUGGAGGUCCUGGGCUUUCAGGAGCUAAGGGCGGAAUGGGAGAAAUGGGAUUUCCAGGUCCGUCAGGGCAGAAGGGUCUACCAGGUCAGCCAGGUCGGCCUGGAUCCCCGGGACAGCCAGGAGGACCCGGUUUCCCUGGGGCCAAAGGUGAACCAGGCUCUGCUGGAGUCGGACCACCGGGAUUGUCUGGACCCAAGGGUGAACCAGGUCAGCCAGGUUUCCAAGGAAAUUCAGGACUGAAAGGAACUGCAGGAUCCCCCGGUCUCCCAGGGUUACCAGGAGGGCCUGGUCCCAAAGGCGACAGCGGAAUCCCAGGACUACAAGGACCUCCGGGUAUCCCCGGUCCCAAGGGUCUCGACGGAGGGCCUGGUACACCGGGUUCCACCGGAGCUCCCGGUAGACCAGGAGAGUCCGGCCGACCAGGAGGACCAGGGUUGCCAGGAGACAAGGGUCAGGCAGGUCGGGACGGGAUCCCAGGACCGGCUGGAAUCAAAGGAGACCCCGGGCUUCCUGGUUACGGCGGACCCGGUGCUCCGGGGCUUCCAGGGUUGCCAGGCUCAAAGGGAGACGCCGGUCUCCCUGGCCCCUCUGGCAGUCCUGGUUUCCCCGGCACUAAAGGAGAAACCGGCUUCCCCGGCUCCCCUGGCCUUCCCGGCAACAUCGGACCUCCUGGGCCCCCGGGUCGGGCUCUGCUGGGUCCCAAAGGAUCACAAGGACCCCCUGGGCCUCCCGGUCGAGCAGGUCCCGCAGGUCCUCCAGGUGCACCUGGCCCCGAGGGGCCCCGCGGGCCCUCAGGGCUCGGCGGCGUGAAGGGAGAGAAGGGGAUCCCCGGCGCUCCCGGCCAGCCGGGCUUCGCCGGACAGAAGGGAGAAAGCGGCAUUCCCGGAUUCCCGGGUCCCUCUGGUCUUCCCGGUUCUCCUGGUUUGAAGGGAGACAUCGGUCUGCCCGGCGUUCCUGGAUUCCCUGGACAAAAGGGAGACCAGGGACUCCCCGGUGCCACCGGCCUUCCUGGAGAUCCUGGAGACACCGGAGAUACCGGCCCUCCUGGCGACUCCGGCAUUGCCGCGGCUCCCAUCUAUGUGAAGGGAGAGCGAGGACCCCCCGGUGUUCAGGGCCAGCCUGGUGGUCGGGGACAACCCGGCUCUCCUGGGCGUGAAGGACUUCCGGGUCAGCCCGGUGCCCCCGGCGAUGCUGGUCCCGAGGGUCCUCCCGGCUUCAGCGGCCCGCCCGGCAGGAAGGGAGACAACGGCCCGGCCGGUCAGCCUGGUCAGCGUGGCUACCCUGGUCCCCCCGGUUCCGACGGUCCACAGGGUCUCCCCGGUCCACCGGGAUCCGUCUCCGCUGCCCACGGCUUCCUCAUCACCCGACACAGCCAGGCCCAGGAAGUGCCCUUCUGCCCCGAAGGAACCAGCCUCAUCUACGACGGCUACUCCCUGCUGUACGUGCAGGGCAACGAGAGGGCCCACGGACAGGACCUCGGCACGGCCGGCAGCUGUCUGCGCCGGUUCAGCACCAUGCCCUUCAUGUUCUGCAACAUCAACAACGUCUGCAACUUCGCCUCCCGCAACGACUACUCCUACUGGCUGUCCACGCCCGAGCCCAUGCCCAUGUCCAUGGCCCCCAUCACCGGAGAGGGCAUCAAGCCCUUCAUCAGCAGGUGUGCGGUGUGUGAAGCCCCAGCCAUGGUGAUCGCAGUCCACAGUCAGACCAUCCAGAUUCCCUCUUGCCCUUCAAAUUGGGAAGCUCUGUGGAUAGGGUACUCCUUCAUGAUGCACACCAGUGCGGGUGCAGAGGGCUCCGGUCAGGCCCUGGCCUCCCCCGGGUCCUGCCUGGAGGAGUUUCGCAGCGCCCCCUUCAUAGAGUGCCACGGCAGAGGGACGUGCAACUACUACGGCAACUCCUACAGCUUCUGGCUGGCCACCGUGGAGCAAUCGGAGAUGUUCAGGAAGCCCCAGGCGGAGACUCUGAAGGCGGGUAACUUACGAACGCGCGUCAGCCGUUGCGUGGUCUGCAUGAAGAGGACGUAACGGCACACGGCAACAUCAGCAUUUCGGGGGACGCACGAUCGAAAUCAAGAGAUGAAUGGAUGACGAGGAACAAAUAGGGGAGGGGGGAGGGGGGGGAGGGAGGAGGACGACGUGGUGGAAUUCCAAUUGUGCAUUGUCUUCGAUAAAACAACAAACUUACGACUUAAAACAAUGGUGCUACUGUACAACACAGCGUAAAUACAUUGUACAUGAAUUCUUUGUUUCUCUUAAGAAGUACCUCAAAACAAAAGAAAAAUACCCACUAACUGGUGCCAUGACGGAUGUGUGAAAAAAAGCGAAAGUGCAUUUUUUAAAUUUUUUUUAAUUCUUUUCCCUUCUUUUCCCAAAAUGAUCAUUGUUUCUUUUUUUUUUUCUUCCUUUUUUUAUUUAAUCACUGUCGACGUCGGUGCAAGAACAACGUGAUGUUGUACCAUUUCUAGACAAAAGAAGCUCUUUUUUUGUUUUUGUUUGUUUAUGGCCUUCGUGAGGAGGAGCGGACGGUCUCCACAGCAACCAAAUCGGCACUUUGACUUCGGAACAUCCAAGAUGAGAGAUGCACUGACGAUGAGCUUUCCUUCGUGAGACUGUCUUUUUUUUUUGUUUUUUUUUUACUACUAGCUCUUCAUCCACACGCUCUUUCUCUCCGUCUGUCGUUCCGUUUGGUGGUACUAACCCCGCUGCAGCCCGCCCUCUAACCCCCAGCCCACGCCUGCUUUCUUUAACCUUCUCAUUGUAAGUAAUAAAAUGUGUAUAUUGUGUAAAACACCUUUUUGUUUUUAGCGUAUUAGGUCAUGAAUCGGUACCAGCUAUUUGUUACAAUAAGACAAUUGUCCAGGUUCUUUUUUUAGCUCACGCGUUCACACACAAAUACACACACACACACAUGCACGCACACACUCAUUACUCACUUCAUUGCUCACUGACACACAUCAACUCAGAUAUUGUACAAAGUAAGGCUUUUAUGAAUGAAACAGUAUUUUAUAUAUAAUAAAUAUAUAUUUGAAAAAAGAGGAUAAAAAGGUAUAUGAACUUUAUUCGGCUGUGGGGGGGGGGGGGAUCGUUCACAAACAAACGUCAGGCCGACUACUGAGCACAGACGGAGCCAUUUUCCCUCAGACGUGACAGUCUUGUAUAAUAUUAACCAAGCCAGUCGCUUAAACCUUUCUUUAUUCAAUUUGUAGAAUGGGAUUUGCUUUUUUUAGGUAGUCUAAUGAUCGGGCGAAUGUUGCAGAUAUGUGUGUGCAAAAAGGAUUUCAAUUAAAUCUCGGCUCUUUGGUUAGAAGAUCUUGAUAUUGUUUUUUUUUUUUUUUUUUUUUUUUUUUUUUUAAAUUUCCGGUGCUGGGCUUUGUUUGU